AGCGGAGUUAGACGAAUGUCCCCCCAUCCUCUUGCCAGCAAAGUUCACCGGCUUCUUCUUCUCGAGAGCCCUUCUUCAGGAUGUCAGUGAAUAUUUCGGCGGCAGCCAAAGGUGUGGAUGCAAAUCCGGUUGAUACUUAUGACAGCGGCGAUGAUUGGGAAAUCGGGGUUGGGAAUCUGAUCAUCGAUCUGGACGCCGAUCUGGAGAAGGACAGACAGAAACUGGAGAUGAAUAAUUCCACCGGCAGCAGCAGCAGCGGCGGCGGCGGCGGCGCGGGGGGCAACUCCUCCAAGGAGAGCGCCGGGGCCGGCGCCGGGUCCGGGUCGGGGGCCCCCGCCGGGCUGGCCGAGGGCCUCAAGUUCGCCCCCGUGCCGCCGCCCGCGGCCCCCGCGCAGGGCAGCGCGCCCAAGGAGAGCAGCAAAGCCAAAGUGAAAAGGAGUAAAACUUGCAAGGAUGCGGGCAAAGCGCUGCCGGCCGGCGCCCUGUACGGGCUGCCCGAGCUGGGCAAGGGGCGCGCCGGCGAGGCCGCGCCGGGCAUGAGCCCCGCGCUGGGGGGCGGCGGCGGGGGCGCCCCCAACGGCCACGGGGCCGGCCCCCCGGGCCCCGCCGCCGCCGCCUCCGCCUCUGCGGGCGCGGGGGCGGCCUCGGGCGGGAAGAGCAAGGAGGAGAAGGCGGGGAAGAGCCCGGGCAGCCGCGGCGGCAAGCGCGACAAGGACGCGGCCGGCAAGGCCCGCAAGGACAAGCACGACCUGCUGCUGCUGCAGGCCCCGCACAAUGGCAGCGGCGGGGGCGGCGGCCAGGGCCCCCCCGGGGCGCCCCUCUACGGCUUCGGGGCCAAGGGCGCCGCCGGGGGCGACGUGGGCAAGAGCGCCCCGGACCCGGGACUCCUGCUGGGCAAGAAGGACGACGAGGACGAGGAGGGCCCCCGGCGGGCCAAGAAACUCAAAACCGACAAGGUUGACCCCCUGUUUACAGUGCCAGCACCGCCACCGCCGAUUUCCAGCAAUCUCGCACCUCAGAUUCUACCCUCCUACUUUUCCCCAUCUUCAUCCAAUAUUGCAGCACCGGUCGAACAGCUUUUGGUUCGGACUCGUUCCGUGGGUGUCAAUACUUGUGAAGUUGGAGUAGUGACAGAGCCAGAAUGUCUCGGGCCCUGUGAACCGGGGACCAGUGUGAAUUUGGAAGGGAUCGUGUGGCAUGAAACAGAAGAAGGUGUCCUGGUGGUAAAUGUCACGUGGAGGAACAAGACGUACGUGGGGACUCUGUUGGACUGCACCAAACACGACUGGGCACCCCCCAGGUUUUGUGAGUCACCCACCAGCGACCUGGACAUGAGAGGGGGCCGGGGCCGAGGGAAGAGAGCACGGUCAGCCGCCGCAGCCCCAGGCUCUGAGGCCAGCUUCACCGAGUCCCGAGGGCUGCAGAACAAGAACAGAGGAGGCGCCAAUGGGAAAGGGAGGCGGGGCAGCCUCAAUGCCAGCGGGCGAAGGACACCCCCAAACUGUGCUGCUGAGGACAUCAAAGCCAGCCCCUCCUCCACCAACAAAAGGAAAAACAAGCCUCCUCUGGAGCUGGACCUGAACUCCAGCUCAGAGGACAAGCCCGGGAAGCGGGUCCGCACCAACUCAAGAAGCACCCCCACCACCCCCCAAGGGAAACCCGAGGCGGCUUUUUUGGACCAGGGCUGCUCUUCUCCGGUGCUAAUAGAUUGUCCCCACCCAAACUGCAACAAGAAGUACAAGCACAUCAAUGGCCUGAGGUACCAUCAGGCCCACGCACACUUGGAUCCUGAGAAUAAGCUGGAGUUUGAGCCCGACAGUGAGGACAAGAUCUCGGACUGCGAGGAGGCGUUGAGUAACGUGGCCCUGGAAUGCAGCGAGCCCAGCGCAAGUGGCUCUGCUUAUGAAGCUGUUAAGCCACCCUCAUCCCCUGUCCCUGGGAACCCCCCAGGCACCCCCAAAGGGAAGCGAGAGCUGAUGAGCAACGGGCCGACUUCUGUGAUUGGCUCCAAGGCAGGGAAGAACUCAGGCAAAAAGAAAGGCCUAAACCAUGAACUGAACAACCUCCCGGUGAUCUCCAACAUGACAGCCGCAAUGGACAGCUGCUCGGCCACGGAUGGCAGCUUGGCCACUGAAAUGCCCAAACUGGAAGCCGAGGGUUUGAUCGACAAGAAGAAUUUGGGAGAGAAGGAAAAGGGCAAGAAAGCCAACAAUUGCAAAAUGGACAAGAAUCUCUCGAAACUCAAAACUGCCCGGCCCAUUGCGCCAGCCCCAGCCCCCACGCCCCCCCAACUCAUCGCCAUUCCCACCGCAGCCUUCACGAACACCACCACAGGGACCAUCCCGGGCCUGCCUGCCCUCACCACCACCGUGGUGCAGGCCACACCAAAGAGUCCUCCGCUGAAGCCCAUCCAACCAAAGCCCACGAUCAUGGGGGAGCCCGUCACCGUGAACCCAGCCCUCGUGUCACUCAAAGACAAGAAGAGAAAGGAGAAGCGGAAGCUCAAGGACAAAGAAGGGAAGGAGACAGGCAGCCCGAAAGUGGAGGCCAAGCUGGGGAAACUGGAGGACGCCAAGGGCCUGGGCAAAGAUCUGUCGGGGCAUUUUUUAAAAGACCAUCUCAGCAAAAGUGAGGGGCUGGCCAAUGGGCUGGCCGAGUCCCAGGAGAGCCGCAUGGCCAGCAUCAAGGCCGAGGCUGACAAGGUGUACACCUUCACCGACAACGCGCCCAGUCCUUCCAUCGGCAGCGCCUCGAGGAUGGAGUGCAGCGCCGUGGUGAACGGACAGGUGCCCAUGGCCCCCAUGCAUGUGCUGGCGCAGAACGGGCCUGACAGCUCUGCGGCCAAGACCAGCAGCCCUGCCUACUCGGACAUCUCAGAUGCCGCCGAUGACGGUGGCUCAGACAGCAGGUCCGAGGGCCUGAGGUCCAAGGCCAGUUCCCCGGCUGACAUCCUCUCCAGCAAGGACGGGGUGCUCAAGGGGCAUCCAGCCGCCACCGCACAGCCCUCCCAGGUGAAAGAGUCUCAUUCCCCCUAUUACCACGGCUAUGAUCCUUACUAUUCUCCAAGCUACAUGCACGCCGGCCAGGUGGGCGCCCCAGCGGCAGGCAACAGCGGGAGCAGCCAGGGCAUGAAGAUCAAGAAGGAGUCUGAAGAAGACGCAGACAAGAGGGACAGGGCAGAGCAGCUGGAGGCCAAGAAAGUGGAGCACAGCUCAGCACCGCUGCAGCACCAGUCGGUGAUCACGCAGCGGCACCCCGCCCUGGCCCAGUCGCUCUACUACGGCCAGUAUGCCUACGGGCUGUACAUGGACCAGAAGUCCUUGAUGGCCACCAGCCCUGCCUACAGACAGCAGUACGAAAAGUACUAUGAAGAUCAGAGACUGGCCGAGCAGAAGAUGGCCCAGGCCGGGCGUGGAGAGAGCGAGAGGAAAAACGAGCUGCCCUCGAAAGAGCUGGGCAAGGAGGACAGUAAGCAGAAAAGCGUGCCGUCAGCCACAAUCUCAAAAGCUCCCUCUACUCCGGAGCCUAGCACCCAUUCUAAACUAGGGCCCUCCGUGCCUAAUAAAACUGAGGAGACAGGUAAAUCGCAGCUUCUCUCCAAUCACCAGCAGCAGCUUCAGGCCGACAGCUUCAAAGCUAAGCAGAUGGAAAACCACCAGCUUAUUAAGGAGGCUGUAGAAAUGAAAUCUGUCAUGGACUCUAUGAAGCAGACAGGUGUAGACCCAACCUCGAGAUUUAAACAAGAUCCAGAUUCCAGGACAUGGCAUCAUUACGUAUACCAGCCCAAAUACUUGGAUCCACAAAAGUCAGAAGAACUUGAUAGAGACAAGAAAUUGAAAGAGGAUAGUCCUCGCAAAACACCUACUAAGGAGAGCGGGGUGUCCACCCUUCCCGUCUCACUAACGAGCAUUAAGGAGGAGCCCAAAGAGGCUAAGCGCCCCGAUUCUCAGUCCAUGGAGGAGAAUAAGCUGAAAAAUGAUGAUCGAAAGACACCCGUGAACUGGAAGGACUCUCGGGGGACCCGGGUGGCGGUGUCCUCACCCAUGAGUCAGCACCAGUCCUACAUACAGUACUUGCAUGCUUAUCCCUACCCGCAGAUGUAUGACGCCAGCCACCCUGCCUACCGCGCAGUCUCGCCUGUCCUCAUGCACAGCUAUCCAGGAGCCUAUCUCUCUCCAGGAUUUCAUUAUCCUGUUUAUGGGAAGAUGUCAGGGAGAGAGGAGGCAGAGAAAGUCAAUACCAGCCCUAGCAUCAACACGAAAACAACCACUGAAUCGAAAAGCACUGGAUAUGCUAGGCAGCAUGCCAACCAUUACCGCAGCAAGUCUCUCUGUAUGCCUCCUUUUCCUGUGGAAAAGGCGACAGCUGAGCGGGGAACGGGAAGCAGAACGGGAACGGGGACCAGCCACUCCCCCUUCAGCCAACGGCACCUGCACACGCCCACCACACACCACGUUGGCAUGGGCUACCCUCUCAUCCCUGGGCAAUAUGACCCUUUCCAAGGAUUGACCUCUGCUGCCCUCGUUGCCUCUCAGCAGGUGGCCGCCCAAGCCUCUGCAUCAGGAAUGUUUCCUGCACAAAGAAGAGAAUAACAAGAUCGGAGGUCUACGUUGUCAUGUGACUGGAUCACAUGGGGAAGCGCUUUAUACAGACAUCAGUUCCAUGGUGUUAAUUUGAAAUGCCUUAAUGGCAGGCAAAAACCAGUCAUUUCAUUUUUGUAAAUUACAGAUUUUAUCACAGAGUAACAAAUGUUGCUGUAAUUAAACUUCUGUUUUUAUAUAUAUACGUAUACAUAUAUGUGUAUAUACAUAUAUAUAUAUAUAUAUUCUUUACUUUUUGUAUCAGUAACCAGGCUCACACACACAGGGUCUGCUGCCAAGUUGCAAACCACUCCGUCAAAGGAAAUAAAAACGUGUUUGUCAUGUUGAGAAGUGUUCGCCACAAAAGGCUGCUUACUUUCUUCGCCUUUUCUUUUUCCCUUGUAAAUAAAUAAGGUUAUGUAUCAGUGUGCCUGAACCUUUGCAUAUCCUUCAUAUCCUCCCCAUCAGCCCUCAGAAAGGCUGACUGUGAUGACACUUGGGUACAAUUCGAUGUCCAUGUGGGUGGCUCCGGUUGAAGACGCAUCAGUGUAAAAAUGUUCUGUAGUCACUGUUUGUACUGUGUAUUGUGGAAGAGAAAUACUUUUUGAAGGCAUGGGGUUGCCAGUACCACAACAACUGUGUUGUAUAUAAUGUAAAGAUUAAAAUGGGGAUCUGUGAAUAAUGGAAGUGUCAUUUUUUGAUAAUCCUGAAUGGCAAAUAACCCUAUAGCCUGCAUACCAGAGACACCUGUGAUUGUUCUAUUACUUGAAUAGUCCUACGGUCCUUCCCCCCCACCCCACUGUUUACAAUUAUCCAGUUUUAGAAGAGAGAGACUUUAAUGCCAUUGCCUGGUUACUUGUUUUAUGCUGUAAUCUAGUUUAUUUUAUGUAAAAUGUAUAUUGAAUGCUUUCCUUUUUUAUACCUGCCUUAAAUAAUUUGGCAAUCAGAAUUAAAAAGGUUUUUUUUUU